UAUUGUCGAACAUUUUGUGGAUUCUCGUAUUUUAAUUACUACUGCUGAAAGGUAUAGGAAAAAAAGCUGUUCAAGACUUAAAUUUAUUAAUCAAGGAUGAAGAAUGCUGCUGGCUUCUUGUUUGCUUCAAUAUUUUUCUUGUAUAAAAAUGAAUUUUGUUUGGCAAAUGUUGAGCUUGUUCCCAAAGAUUUUGUUGAAGUGAUACAUGAAGAGCAAUUAAAAAAAGAUAAUCUAAUUGCAACAUUAACAUUCCUCCAAAAAGUAUAUUUAUUGUCGUUCAAAAUAAAACCCACUUUGUAUUCACCAGAAUACAAAAGCAUCAUUCAUUUGACUACUGGAGGAGACACGGGUGAAUUUGGAUUUAGAACUCCUAGCGUAUAUUUUUAUAACAAUGGAAAGCUCUCUGUUUGGACUACAAUCAAUGGAUAUAAUAAUAAAGAAUUUGUCAUACCUGAAGCACUGCCCUUAAAUAAAUGGUCCAGCAUUAGAAUAUCUCAAGUUCAAAUUAACAGUAAAUUCUUCUUUAGAAUUUAUGUAGAUGGGAAUUUAAAGAUUGACAUCAAAAACUACUAUCCAUUGUCGUUUAAAAAUGUUAAAGUGUACUGUGCAGAUCCUUGGUAUGAAGCGCAACCUGCUAGUAUUAAAGAUUUGAAAAUAUUUAGUGGAAAUGUUGCUGGUGGCAGUUGUUCCAAUAUGGGAUAAAACUUAUAAAAUUUAUUUUGAUGUGAAACCAAACUCGUAUUCUGAAGGUUGGCACAAUGUUAUUAGUUUUAACAUUAGUUCUGAUGCAAAUGCAUAUGAUGACAGAGUACCAGGUGUGUGGUUUCAUAACAGUGGUGAUGGCAGUCUUUCUAUCACUAUUCCUCGAAAUGGAAAUCUUAACAGUUCUUUUAAAACAGCUCCUAUUCCUCCUAACAAUUGGUCACACAUUGAAAUAAGUCAACAGUUAGAUUAUAUUGCGUAUGUGUAUACAAUAAAACUAAAUGGAGAAAAGGUUUUUUCAGUAGAAAAUAUUCAUCCAGAAUCCUAUGAAAAUGUUUAUGUUUAUGCUUCAGAUCAAUCACAUGAAGCUCAAGAUGGUUUUAUAAAAGAUUUUGCAAUAUUAAACGGAAAAGCAGAUAAUGAAAUCAUGCCAAAUAUUCUGCUUCUUCCAAAAGAUUAUGUUACAGUGGUAAAUGAAGAAUUAUUGAAAAGUGAUAAUCUAAUUGCAACAUUACCAUUCCUUGCAAAAGCAUUCUUAGUGUCAUUCAAAAUAAAACCCACUUUCUAUUCAGUAGAAUACAAAAGCAUUAUUCAUUUGACUACUGGAGGUGACUAUGAGGAAUAUGGAUAUAGAAUUCCUAGUUUGUAUUUUUAUAACAACGGAAAACUCUCAGUUUGGACUAUGAUUAAUGGAUAUGUUAAAGAAUCUAUUAUACCUGAAGCACUCCCCUCAAAUAAAUGGUCCAGCAUUAGAGUAUCUCAAGUUCGAGUUAAUAGUAUAUACUUCCUUAGAGUUUUUAUAGAUGGGAUGUUAAAGAUUGACAUAAAAAACUCCUAUCCAUAUUCAUUUACAAAUGUUAAAGUGUAUUGUGCAGAUCCUUGGUCCAAAACACAACCUGGUAGUAUUAAAGAUCUAAGAAUAUUUAGUGGAAAUGUUGAGCAACUAAUAGAAGAUAGAGAAACACGUUUGGUUCAAAACAAACUGGUGGCAGUUGUUCCAAUAUGGGAUAAAACUUAUAAAAUUUAUUUUGAUGUGAAACCAAACUCGUAUUCUGAAGGUUGGCACAAUGUUAUUCGUUUCAACAUAGGUUCUGAUGCAAAUGCAUAUGAUGACAGAGUACCAGGUGUGUGGUUUCAUAACAGUGGUGAUGGCAGCCUUUCUAUCACUGUGCCUCAAAAUGGAAAUCUUAACAGUUCUUUCAAAACAGCUCCUAUUCCUCCUAACAAUUGGUCACACAUUGAAAUAAGUCAACAGUUAGAUUAUAUUGCAUAUGUGUAUACAAUAAAACUAAAUGGAGAAAAGGUUUUUUCAGUAGAAAAUAUUCAUCCAGAAUCCUAUGAAAAUGUUUAUGUUUAUGCUUCAGAUCAAUCACAUGAAGCUCAAGAUGGUUUUAUAAAAGAUUUUGCAAUACUAAACGGAAAAGCAGAUAAUGAAAUUAUGCCAAAUACUCUGCUUUUUCCAAAAGAUUAUGUUACAUUGGUUAAUGAAGAAUCAUUGAAAAAUGAUAAUUUAAUUGCAACAUUACCAUUCCUUGCAAAAUCAUACUUAGUGUCAUUCAAAAUAAAACCCACUUUCUAUUCAUUAGAAUACAAAAGCAUUAUUCAUUUGACUACUGGAGGUGACUAUGAUGGAUAUGGAUAUAGAAUUCCUAGUUUAUACUUUUAUAACAACGGACAACUCUCUGUUUGGACUACAAUCAAUGGAUAUAUUAAUAAAGAAUUUGUUAUACCUGAAGCAUUAUCCUUGAAUAAAUGGUCCAGCAUUAGAGUAUCUCAAGUUCAAAUUAACAGUAUAUACUUCCUUAGAGUUUUUGUAGAUGGGAUGUUACAGAUUAACAUAAAAAACUCAUAUCCAUAUUCAUUUACAAAUGUUAAAGUGUAUUGUGCAGAUCCUUGGUAUGGAACGCAACCUGGUAGUAUUAAAGAUCUAAGAAUAUUUAGUGGAAAUGUUGAGCAACUAAUAGAAGAUAGAGAAACACCUUUGGUUCAAAACAAACUGGUAGCAGUUGUUCCAAUAUUGGAAAAAACUUACAAAAUUUAUUUUGAUGUGAAACCAAACUCAUAUUCUCAAGGAUGGCACAAUGUUAUUUUUUUUAACAUUAGUUCUGAUGCAAAAGCAUAUGAUGAUAGAGUUCCAGGAGUGUGGUUUCAUAAUAGUGGUAAUGGAAGUCUUUCUAUCACUGUUCCUGGAAUUAGAAAUCUUAGCAGUUUAUUUAAAACAGCUCCUAUUCCUCCUAACACGUGGUCACACAUUGAAAUAAGUCAACAGUUAGAAUAUAGUGUGUAUAUGUAUACAAUAAAAUUGAAUGGAGAAAAAGUUUUUUCAACAGAAAAUAUUCAUCCAGAGUCUUAUGAAAGUGUUAAUGUUUAUGCUUCAGAUCAAUUACAUUAUGCUCAAGAUGGUUUCAUUAAAGAUUUUGCAGUAAUAAACAAAAAAGCAGAUAAUGAAAUUCUGCCAAAUACUCAGCUUUUCCUAAAAGAUUCUGUUGUAGUGCUUGACGAAGAUAUAUUGAAAAAAGAUAAUCUAAUUGCAACAUUACCAUCACUUGAAAAAGCAUAUUUAGUGUCAUUCAAGAUAAAACCCACUUUGUUUUCACCAGGAUACAAAAACAUAAUUCAUUUGACUACUGCCGGAGAUGCGGGUGAUUAUAGAUUUAGAAUUCCUAGUGUAUAUUUAUAUGACACAGGAAAACUCUCUAUUUGGUAUUCAUUCACUUGGUUUUCUACUAAAGAAUACAUCGUACCUCAAUCACUAUCUUUAAAUGAAUGGACCAGCAUUAGAAUAUCUCAAGAUCGCAUUAAUAGUAUAUACUUCUUUAGAAUAUAUAUAAAUGGAACGUUAAUGAUUGACAUUAAAAAUACAUAUCCAUUAUCAUUUGAUAAUGUUAAAGUGUAUUGUACAGAUCCUUGGUAUGAAACGCAACCUGCUAGUAUUAAAGAUCUAAAAAUAUAUAGUGGAAAUGUUGAGCAACUAAUAGAAGAUAGAGAAACGCCUUUGGCUCAAAACAAACUGGUGGCAAUUGUUCCAAUUUUAGAUAAAACUUAUAAAAUUUAUUUUGAUGUGAAACCAAACUUAUACUCUAAAGGUUGGCACAAUGUUAUUCGUUUUAAAAUUAAUUCUGAUGCAAAACCAUAUAAUGAUAAAGUUCCAGGAGUUUGGCUUCAUAAGAGUGGUGAUGGCAGUCUUUCUAUCACUGUUCCUCGAAAUGGAAAUAUUAACAAUUCCUUUAAAACAGCUCCUAUUCCUAUUAACAUGUGGUCACACAUUGAAAUAAGUCAACAGUUAGUAUAUAGUGCGUUUGUGUAUACGAUAGAAUUGAAUGGAAAAAAAGUUUUUACAGAAGAAAAUAUUUAUCCAGAAUCCUAUGAAAAUGUUCAUGUUUAUGCUUCAGAUCAAUUUUAUCCAGCUCAAAAUGGUUUUAUAAAGGAUUUUGCAAUAAUAAAUGGAAAAGCAGAUAAUGAUAAUCUGCCAAAUACUCUGCUUUUCCCAAAAGAUUCUGUUGUAGUGCUUGAUGAAUAUAUAUUGAAAAAAGAUAAUCUAGUUGCGACAUUACCAUCGCUUGAAAAAACAUAUUUAGUGUCGUUCAAAAUAAAACCCAAUUUGUUUUCACCAGGAUACAAAAACAUUAUUCAUUUGACUACUGGUGGAGAUGCAAGUGAUUAUGGAUUUAGAAUUCCUAGUGUAUAUUUGUAUGACACAGGAAAACUUUCUAUUUGGUAUGCAUCGAAUUGGUAUUCUACUAGCGAAUACAUUGUACCUCAAUCACUAUCUUUAAAUGAAUGGACAAGCAUUAGAAUAUCUCAAGAUCGAUAUAACAGUAUAUACUUCUUUAGAAUUUAUAUAAAUGGGACGCUAAUGAUUGACAUUAAAAACUCAUUUCCAUAUUCAUUUAAAAAUGUUAAAGUGUAUUGUGCAGAUCCUUGGUAUGAAACUCAACCUGCUAGUAUUAAAGAUCUAAGAAUAUAUAGUGGAAAUGUUGAGCAACUGAUAGAAGAUAAAGAAACACUUUUGUUUCAAAACAAACUGGUGGCGAUUGUUCCUAUAUUGGACAAAACUUAUAAAAUUUUUUUUGAUGUGAAACCAAACUUGUAUUCUGAGGGUUGGCACAAUGUAAUUCUAUUUAACAUUAAUUCUGAUGCAAAUGUCUUUGAUGAUAGAGUUCCAGGAGUGUGGUUUCAUAACAGUGGUGAUGGCAGUCUUUCAAUCACUGUUCCUCGAAAUGGAAAUAUUAACAAUUCCUUUAAAACAGCUCCUAUUCCUUUUAACAUGUGGUCACACAUUGAAAUAAGUCAACAGUUAGAAUAUAGUGCGUAUGUGUAUACAAUAAAAUUGAAUGGAGAAAAGGUUUUUUCAAUAGAAAAUAUUCUUCCUGAGUCCUAUGCAAAUGUUCGUGUUUAUGCUGCAGAUCAAUCUUAUCAAGCUCAAGAUGGUUUUAUAAAAGAUUUUGCAAUAAUAAACGGAAAAGCAGAUAAUGAUUAUCUGCAAAAUACUCUGCUUUUCCCAAAAGAUUCUGUUGUAGUGCUUGAUGAAUAUAUAUUGAAAAAAGAUAAUCUAAUUGCGACAUUACCAUCGCUCGAAAAAACAUAUUUAGUGUCGUUCAAAAUAAAACCCAAUUUGUUUUCACCAGGAUACAAAAACAUUAUUCAUUUGACUACCGGUGGAGAUGCAAGUGAUUAUGGAUUUAGAAUUCCUAGUGUAUAUUUGUAUGACACUGGAAAACUUUCUAUUUGGUAUGCAACAAAUUGGUAUUCUACUAGCGAAUACAUUGUACCUCAAUCGCUAUCUCUAAAUGAAUGGACCAGCAUUAGAAUAUCUCAAGAUCGAUAUAACAGUAUAUACUUCUUUAGAAUUUAUAUAAAUGGGACGCUAAUGAUUGACAUUAAAAACUCAUUUCCAUAUUCAUUUAAAAAUGUUAAAGUGUAUUGUGCAGAUCCUUGGUAUGAAACUCAACCUGCUAGUAUUAAAGAUCUAAGAAUAUAUAGUGGAAAUGUUGAGCAACUGAUAGAAGAUAAAGAAACACUUUUGUUUCAAAACAAACUGGUGGCGAUUGUUCCUAUAUUGGACAAAACUUAUAAAAUUUUUUUUGAUGUGAAACCAAACUUGUAUUCUGAGGGUUGGCACAAUGUAAUUCUAUUUAACAUUAAUUCUGAUGCAAAUGUCUUUGAUGAUAGAGUUCCAGGAGUGUGGUUUCAUAACAGUGGUGAUGGCAGUCUUUCAAUCACUGUUCCUCGAAAUGGAAAUAUUAACAAUUCCUUUAAAACAGCUCCUAUUCCUUUUAACAUGUGGUCACACAUUGAAAUAAGUCAACAGUUAGAAUAUAGUGCGUAUGUGUAUACAAUAAAAUUGAAUGGAGAAAAGGUUUUUUCAAUAGAAAAUAUUCUUCCUGAGUCCUAUGCAAAUGUUCGUGUUUAUGCUGCAGAUCAAUCUUAUCAAGCUCAAGAUGGUUUUAUAAAAGAUUUUGCAAUAAUAAACGGAAAAGCAGAUAAUGAUAAUCUGCCAAAUACUCUGCUUUUCCCAAAAGAUUCUGUUGUAGUGCUUGAUGAAUAUAUAUUGAAAAAAGAUAAUCUAAUUGCGACAUUACCAUCGCUUGAAAAAACAUAUUUAGUGUCGUUCAAAAUAAAACCCAAUUUGUUUUCACCAGGAUACAAAAACAUUAUUCAUUUGACUACUGGUGGAGAUGCAAGUGAUUAUGGAUUUAGAAUUCCUAGUGUAUAUUUGUAUGACACAGGAAAACUUUCUAUUUGGUAUGCAUCGAAUUGGUAUUCUACUAGCGAAUACAUUGUACCUCAAUCACUAUCUUUAAAUGAAUGGACCAGCAUUAGAAUAUCUCAAGAUCGAUAUAACAGUAUAUACUUCUUUAGAAUUUAUAUAAAUGGGACGCUAAUGAUUGACAUUAAAAACUCAUUUCCAUAUUCAUUUAAAAAUGUUAAAGUGUAUUGUGCAGAUCCUUGGUAUGAAACUCAACCUGCUAGUAUUAAAGAUCUAAGAAUAUAUAGUGGAAAUGUUGAGCAACUGAUAGAAGAUAAAGAAACACUUUUGAUUCAAAACAAACUGGUGGCAAUUGUUCCUAUAUUGGACAUAACUUAUAAUAUAUUUUUUGAUGUGAAACCAAACUUAUAUUCUGAAGGUUGGCACAAUGUAAUUCGUUUUAACAUUAAUUCUUAUGCAAAUGCCUUUGAUGAUAGAGUUCCAGGAGUGUGGUUUCAUAACAGUGGUGAUGGCAGUCUUUCUAUCACUGUUCCUCGAAAUGUAAAUAUUAACAAAUCCUUUAAAACAGCUCCUAUUCCUUUUAACAUGUGGUCACACAUUGAAAUAAGUCAACAGUUAGAAUAUAGUGUGUAUGUGUAUACUAUAAAAUUGAAUGGAGAAAAGGUUUUUUCAAUAGAAAAUAUUCUUCCUGAGUCUUAUGCAAAUGUUCAUGUUUAUGCUGCAGAUCAAUCUUAUCAAGCUCAAGAUGGUUUUAUAAAAGAUUUUGCAAUAAUAAAUGGAAAAGCAGAUAAUGUUAUUCUGCCAAAAGCACUGCUUCUCCCAAAAGACUCUGUUACAGUGGUUAAUGAAGAAAAAUUGAUAAACAAUAAUCUAAUUGCAACAUUACUUUUUCUCGAAAAAGCAUAUUUAUUGUCUUUCAAAAUAAAACCCACUUUCUAUUCACUAAAAUACAAUAACAUUAUUCAUUUGACUACUGAAGGAGACGCUGGUGAAUUUGGAUAUAGGACACCUAGUGUAUAUAUUUAUGACACAGGAAAGCUCUCUGUUUGGUCUGCAAUCAAUGGAAAUCCUAAUAGAGAAUUUAUCGCACCUGACACACUACCCUUGAAUCAAUGGUUCAGCAUUAGAGUAACUCAAGUUCGAGUUAACAGUGUUUACUUCUUUAGAGUUUAUGUAGAUGGGAAGUUAAAGAUUGACAUCCAAAAUACAGAUCCACGUUCAUUUAAAAAUGUUAAAGUGUAUAGUGCAGAUCCUUGGUAUGAAGCACAACCUGCUAGUAUUAAAGAUCUGAGAAUAUUCAGUGGAAAUAAUGAGCAAAUAAUAGAAGACAAAGAAACACUCUUGUCUCGAGGAAACCUGGCUGCAGUUAUUCCAAGAUUAGAAAAGUCUUAUAGAAUAUUUUUUGAUGUGAAACCAAAUUCAUUUUCACAAGGUUGGCGCAAUGUUAUUCAUUUCACAUGUGGAUCUGAUUCAAGCAAUUAUGGUGAUAGAGUUCCAGGAGUGUGGUUUCACGAAAGUGGUGAUGGUAGUCUUUAUAUUGCUUCUCAUAUAAAUGGUAACCUUGAUGGUGGAUUCACAACGAUGCCUGUUCCACUUAAUGAGUGGUCACACAUUGAAAUCAGCCAACAGUUGGAAAGAUAUAAAUUUGUAUACAAAAUAAAAUUGAAUGGAGAUUUAGUUUUUGUAGAAGAAAAUACACAACCAAUUUCCUUUGAUAAUGUUCAAGUUUAUGUGUCGGAUCCAUGGUGCAUAGUUCAAAAUGGGUCAAUAAAAGAUCUUAAUAUUAUAAAUGGAUUAAUAGAUGAUCAAACACCAAGUGUUGUGCUAAUUUUAAAAGAUUUUGUUGAAGUGAAUCAUGAAGUGCUAUUGAAAAAAGAUAAUCUAAUUGCGACAUUGCCAUUCCUCGAAAAAGCAUAUUUAUUGUCUUUCAAAAUAAAACCCACUUUCUAUUCACCACCAUACAAAAGCAUUAUUCAUUUGACUACUGAAGGAGACGCUGGUGAAUUUGGAUAUAGAACACCUAGUGUAUAUAUUUAUGACACAGGAAAGCUCUCUGUUUGGUCUGCAAUCAAUGGAAAUCCUAAUAGAGAAUUUAUCGCACCUGACACACUACUCUUGAAUGAAUGGUCCAGUAUAAGAAUAACUCAAGUUCGAGUUAACAGUGUUUACUUCUUUAGAGUUUAUGUAGAUGGGAAGUUAAAGAUUGACAUCCAAAAUACAGAUCCUCGUUCAUUUAAAAAUGUUAAAGUAUAUAGUGCAGAUCCUUGGUAUGAAGCACAACCUGCUAGUAUUAAGGAUCUAAGAAUAUUUAGUGGAAAUAAUGAGCAAAUAAUAGAAGACAAAGAAACACUGUUGUCUCGAGGAAACCUGGUUGCAGUUAUUCCAAGAUUAGAAAAGUCUUAUAGAAUAUUUUUUGAUGUGAAACCAAAUUCACUUUCACAAGGUUGGCGUAAUGUUAUUCAUUUCACAUGUGGGUCUGAUGCAAGCAAUUAUGGUGAUAGAGUUCCAGGAGUGUGGUUUCAAGAAAGUGGUGAUGGUAGCCUUUAUAUUGCUUCUCAUAUAAAUGGUAACCUUGAUGGUGGAUUCACAACGAUGCCUGUUCCACUUAAUGAGUGGUCACACAUUGAAAUCAGCCAACAGUUGGAAAGAUAUAAAUUUGUAUACAAAAUAAAAUUGAAUGGAGAUUUAGUUUUUGUAGAAGAAAAUACACAACCAACUACCUUUGAUAAUGUUCAAGUUUAUGUGUCGGAUCCAUGGUGCAUAGUUCAAAAUGGGUCAAUAAAAGAUCUUAAUAUUAUAAAUGGAUUAAUAGAUGAUCAAACGCCAAGUGCUGUGCUAAUUUUGAAAGAGCAAAUAAUAGAAGACAAAGAAACACCCUUGUCUCAAGGAAACCUGGUUGCAGUUAUUCCAAGAUUAGAAAAGUCUUAUAGAAUAUUUUUUGAUGUGAAACCAAAUUCAUUUUCACAAGGUUGGCGCAAUGUUAUUCAUUUCACAGUUGGAUCUGAUUCAAGCAAUUAUGGUGACAGAGUUCCAGCUGUGUGGUUUCAUGAAAGUGGUGAUGGAAGUCUUUAUAUUGCUUCUCAUAUAAAUGGUAAUCUUGAUAGUGGGUUCACAACGAUGCCUAUUCUACUUAAUGAGUGGUCACUCUUUGAAAUAAGCCAACAGUUAGAGGGAGAUAAAUUUGCAUAUAGAAUAAAAUUGAAUGGAGAUUUAGUUUUUGUAGAAGAAAAUACACAACCAACUACCUUUGAUAAUGUUCAAGUUUAUGUGUCGGAUCCAUGGUGCAAAGUUCAAAAUGGCUCAAUAAAAAAUCUUAAAAUUAAUAAUGGAUUAUUAGAUUAUCGAACCCCAAGUGUUGUGCUAAUUUUAAAAGAGCAAAUAAUAGAAGACAAAGAAACACCCUUGUCUCAAGGAAACCUGGUUGCAGUUAUUCCAAGAUUAGAAAAGUCUUAUAGAAUAUUUUUUGAUGUGAAACCAAAUUCAUUUUUACAAGGUUGGCGCAAUGUUAUUCAUUUCACAUGUGGGUCUGAUUCAAGCAAUUAUGGUGAUAGAGUUCCAGCUGUGUGGUUUCACGAAAGUGGUGAUGGUAGUCUUUAUAUUGCUUCUCAUAUAAAUGGUAACCUUGAUAGUGGAUUCACAACAAUGCCUGUUCCACUUAAUGAGUGGUCGCUCAUUGAAAUUAGCCAACAGUUGGAAGGAGAUAAAUUUGCAUAUAGAAUAAAAUUGAAUGGAGAUUUAGUUUUUGUAGAAGAAAAUACACAACCAACUACCUUUGAUAAUGUUCAAGUUUAUGUGUCGGAUCCAUGGUGCAAAGUUCAAAAUGGCUCAAUAAAAAAUCUUAAAAUUAAUAAUGGAUUAAAAGAUGAUCAAGCCCCUAGUGUUAUGCUGAUUUUAAAAGAUUUUGUUGAAGUGACUUCUGAAGAAGUAUUAAAAAAAGAUAACUUGAUUGCAACUUUGCCAUUUUUGGAAAAGACAUAUUUAGUUUCUUUCAAAAUAAAACCCACUAUGUAUGUAUCAGAAUACAAAAAUGUUAUUCAUUUGACUAUCGAAGGAGACGCAGGUGAAUUUGGAUUUAGAACUCCUAGUGUAUAUUUUUAUUAUAACACAGGGAAGCUCUCUGUUUGGUCUGCAAUCAGUGGAAAUCCUAAUAGUGAAUUUAUCACACUUGAAGCACUAUCCUUGAAUGAAUGGUCCAGUAUUAGAAUAUCUCAAGUUCGAAUUAAUAGAGUAUAUUUGUUUAGAGUUUAUGUAGAUGGGAAGUUAAAUAUAAACAUUGAAAACACAGAUCCACAUUCAUUUGAAAAUGUUAAAGUGUAUAAUGCUGAUCCCUGGUAUAAUGUGCAACUUGGUAGUAUUAAAGAUCUGAGAAUUUUUAACGGAAAUGUUGAGCAACUAAUAGAAGAUAGAGAAACGCCUUUGGUUCAAAACAAACUAGUGGCAAUUGUUCCAAUAUUAGAUAAAGCUUAUAAAAUUUAUUUUGAUGUGAAACCAAACUCAUAUUCUGAAGGUUGGCACAAUGUUAUUCGUUUCAACAUUGGUUCUGAUGCGAAUGUAUUUGAUGAUAAAGUUCCAGGAGUGUGGUUUCAUAACAGUGGUGAUGGCAGUCUUUCUAUCACUGUUCCUCAAAGUGGAAAUCUUGACAGUUCAUUUAAAACAGCUCCUAUUCCUCUUAACACGUGGUCACACAUUGAAAUAAGUCAACAGUUAGAUUAUGUUGCAUAUGUGUAUACAAUAAAGUUGAAUGGAGAAAAAGUUUUUGUAGUUGAAAAUGUUCUGCCAGAGUCCAUUAAAAAUGUUUAUGUUUAUGCUUCAGAUCAAUCAUAUCAAACUCAAGAUGGUUUCAUAAAAGAUUUUGCAAUUAUAAAUGGAAAAGCAGAUAACAUUUCGUUGACAAAUGUUGAGCUUGUUACAAAAGAUUUUGUUUUUUCUACUGAAGAGGUAUUGAAGAUGGAUAAUUUUCUUGGAUUGUUGCCAAUACUGAAAGAAACAUAUUCUAUUUCUUUUAAGAUAAAGCCCACUUCAUAUUUGGUAGAAUGGAGAAGUGUUAUUCAUUUGACUGUUGGUGGACCUGAGAGUAGGAUUCCUGCUAUGUAUUUUUAUAAUGAUACAGGAAUGCAUGUUUGGUCUGGAAGUAGCGUUUAUAUUAAAACACCCAAAUUACCGCUCAAUACGUGGUCAGAUAUUAAAAUAUCUCAUGAAAAAGUCAAUGGAAUUUAUUCAUUUAGGAUGUAUAUAAAUGGAACAAACACUAAUAAUGUCUUAAAUAUAGUUUCAAAAUCGUUUCAAAAUGUCAAGGUAUAUGCAUCAAAUCCGUGGUAUGGUCAACAAUUUGGUUCCAUUAAAGAUUUGAGAAUUGUAAAUGGAAAUUGAUAAUAGCACUCUAAAGUAAUAUUUGUAAAUAAAGGUUGGAGUUGCGCAAUCGCAUCUAGUAGCAUUUUUUUUUUCAAUGUUUGGCUUUACAUUCAUUUUUAUAUUUUACAACUUAAGCGUUAUGUUUAGACGAAAUACUAGUUCCUUAAACUUCACGUUUUGAAGUUAUUUUAACUGUACUGAUACUGUAUUACAAGUAUUAAAAAUAUAAAGAUAUAUAUUUUUUUAGUAUAAAAACUUGCUUAACCAAUUGUUGUUU